AAGUGGCGGGAGGUGAAAGCAGCCAUGAACGCCGUCGUUCCCAAAUCCUUACAGGAGAUCAAAGCGGCGCUCUUUCAAGGCUUCGAGUCCUUCAACCACCUCAAGCACAUCCACGCUCGGCUUCUCCGCUCUGGCUUGCACCAGAACAACUAUCUUCUCAACCAACUACUCAAACUUACUCUCAACAGUUUCCACAACCCAAGCUACGCGAAGCUCCUUUUCAGCCAAACCCAACACCCCAACAUCUUUCUAUGGAACACUGUGAUUCGGGGUUUCGUAACCAACGAUUGUUUCCAUCAGGCUAUUGGCGUUUUCAAUUCGAUGCGUGAAAUGAGCUGCUUGCCCAACCAGUUUACUUUCCCCUUUCUUCUGAAAUCUUGCGCCAGGCUUUCGGAUUAUGAACAAGGAGUCAAGUCCCACAGCCUUGUAGUGAAACUGGGGUUUGAUUAUGAUGUGUUUGUGAAUACCGGGUUGGUUUGUUUCUACGCGAAAUGCGGACUUUUAGAGGACGCCCACAAAGUGUUCGAUGAUCUUUCUGAUAGGAAUGUGGUUUCCUGGACUGCGAUAAUGAGUGCGUAUAUUGAGCUUGGGAGGUUUAGGGAAGGAGUUGAUUUGUUUCAUAGGUCGUUGGAGAUGGGUUUGGUGCCUGACAGUUUCAUCCUUGUUCGGGUAUUGUCUGCGUGUGGUCAUUUGGGGGAUAUGGGUGCUGGUGAGUGGAUACAUAGGUAUAUGGCUGAAACUGGAGUAGGAAGGAAUGUGUUUGUGAGUACAUCUUUGGUAGACAUGUACUCAAAAUGUGGGAACAUGGAGAAAGCUCGCCAUGUGUUUGAUGAGAUGCCUGAGAAGGAUAUUGUUUCAUGGAGUGCUAUGAUUCAGGGAUACGCAGCAAAUGGGCUUCCCAAGGAGGCAUUGGAUCUAUUUUACAGAAUGCAAAGAGAUAACCUUUCUCCAGAUUGUUAUUCAAUGGUUGGUGUACUUUCUGCAUGUGGGAGAUUGGGAGCUUUAAAUGUGGGUGAGUGGGCUAGUAGCCUGUUGGACAGGAAAGAAUUUCACUUCAAUCCUGUUUUAGGCACUGCACUCAUUGAUAUGUAUGCAAAAUGUGGGCAAAUGGCUUUGGCUUGGGAGGCGUUUAAAGAAAUGAAGGUGAAAGACCGUGUUGUUUGGAACUCCGUCAUGUCCGGCCUCGCUAUGCACGGUCACGUUAGAUCUGCAUUUGCGUGCUUUGGCCAAUUAGAGAAACACGGGAUUAAUCCUGAUAGGAACACCUUCAUGGCUCUCCUUUGUGCUUGUACUCAUGCUGGUCUUGUUAACGAUGGGCGCCAAUAUUUUGACAGCAUGACUCGCUUGUAUUUCUUGAAUCCGGAAAUUCAGCAUUAUGGAUGCAUGGUUGAUCUCCUUGGUCGCGUUGGCAGGUUAGAGGAAGCUCAUUCGUUGAUAAAAGGUAUGGCGAUGGAGCCUAAUGCCAUUAUUUGGGGGGCUCUAUUAGGUGGAUGCCGUUUACAUCGUGACACCAAGUUAGCUGAACAUGUAUUAAAGCAGUUGAUUGAGUUAGAACCUUGGAAUUCAGGAAACUAUGUUCUUCUGUCAAAUAUUUACUCUGCUGAUCAUAAAUGGGAUGAUUCAGAGAAGAUCAGAUCAGCUAUGAAUGAAAGAAAAAUUCAGAAGAUACCUGCAUAUAGUUGGAUAGAAGUUGAUGGAAAAGUUCAUGAGUUUCUUGUGGGAGAUAAAUAUCAUCCAAUGUCAGAUAAGAUACAUGCUAAACUUGGUGAAUUGAACAAAAAGUUAAGGGAAGCAGGGUAUGUUCCAAAAACAGAAUAUGUGCUAUUUGACAUUGAAGAGGAGGAAAAGGAGCAUUUUGUGGGCUGCCAUAGUGAGAAGCUAGCAGUUGCAUUUGGUUUAAUCAGCACUAAACCGAAUGAUGUGAUCCGAGUAAUUAAAAAUCUUCGCAUUUGUGGUGAUUGCCAUACCGCCAUCAAGCUCAUCUCAAAGAUCACGGGUAGGGAAAUUAUUGUGCGAGAUACUAACCGUUUCCAUUGUUUCAUUGAUGGAUCAUGUUCAUGUAGAGAUUAUUGGUAAGAGUUCUACACAUAACUUAUUGAGUUUCAAUCACAUAUUAGAAGAGGCUGGCAUCAAAACUAGAACCAAUUUUCUCCAUAUGUGCUCUUGAUUAGCAUGAUGAGAGAU